AUGGGCUCCAUUACACCGAGAGAAUCGGGUCUCUCCCGUCUCUUUGAGCCCCUAAAACUCGGAAAUCUCACCCUUCAACACCGGAUAAUAAUGGCGCCACUCACCCGCUUCCGCGCCGACGACUCCCACGUCCAACUCUCAUUCACAGCAACCUACUACGGCCAACGCGCCUCAGUCCCCGGCACCCUGCUCAUUACCGAGGCCACAUUCAUCUCCCAACGCGCAGCAGGCAACGCCAAUGUCCCCGGUAUCUGGUCAACAGAGCAAAUCGCUGCCUGGCGCAAAGUCACCGACGCUGUGCACGCCAAAGGCAGCUACAUUUUCUGCCAGCUCUGGGCCCUGGGACGAACGGCCAAUCCCGCUAAUGCGAAGGCAGAAGGAAUUGAGAUCGUCUCAUCGAGCCCGGUCCCCAUGGACGGCGAGCACGCGACGCCUCGUGAGAUGACGCACGAGGACAUCAAGAACUUCAUAUCAGAUUUCGCGCACGCCGCGCGCAAUGCGAUCGAAGCCGGUUUCGACGGCGUCGAGAUCCACGGCGCCAAUGGCUACUUGGUCGACCAGUUCACGCAGGAUACAGUGAACCAGCGCACGGACGAGUACGGCGGCAGCGUGGAGAACCGAUCACGGUUCGGAAUUGAAGUCGCCCAAGCGGUUGCCCAUGCCGUGGGCGCCGACAAGGUGGGCUUCCGAAUCAGCCCAUUCAGCCCGUUCCAGGGCAUGAAGAUGGUGAACCCUAUCCCUCAAUUCACAAACCUACUCCAGGGUCUCAAGCAGCUUAAGCUGGCCUACAUCCACGUGGUCGAGUCUCGAGUCGCUGGCAACGCGGACGUGCAUGGAGCGACCGAGAGGAUCGACUUCGUCGUCGAUACGUGGAAUGGCACAAGCCCCGUUCUGAUCGCCGGUGGCUUCAAGCCUGACUCCGCAAUGAAGGAGGUGGAUGAGGUAUUCAAGGACAAAGACGUCGCGAUUGUCUUUGGAAGAUACUUUCUGUCCACUCCUGAUCUGCCGUUCAGAGUGAAGAAGGGCCUCGAAUUGAAUCCAUACAAUCGGGCCACUUUUUACAAAGUCAAGUCUGAGGAAGGUUAUAUUGAUUAUCCUUUCAGCGCGGAGUUUGAGCAGGCAUGCAAGAAUCAAAUCUGA